AUGGCUUCCCAGACCUACCUUAUUUCAUGCCUUUGUGGCGCCGCCGCCCAGACUCUUCAAAGCAAAAGUACAGGUCAAUACAACGACGCCCAGCUCGGCUUGUGUCACUGCGAUUCGUGCCGAUACUCGACAGGCUUAUUGUUCACGAGCUACUAUUCCGUAGAACAACCUCAGACGACUAAUCUCCGUUCGUACACUGCCUCCGAUACGUGGACCCGUUAUUUCUGUUCCAUUUGUGGCUGUCAUCUACUUCGCUCUAGAUCGGACUCGAUAGGACUCGUCCAAUGGGAAGUGGCAUCGGGUGUCAUCGCCAAGAGCGACGAUGGUCUCCAUGGCGAGCGGAGCCCUUUGAAAAUCAAACAUGGCCACGUCUCCGAUACAAAAGAUGGCGGUGCAAGCAUCUGGAUACCUGAAUCCAUGGAUGAUACAAGCUCAUUACCAGCUCCCACAAGCUACACUCCCAAACAUGACGAAUCCAAUGUCAGUGAGAAGGGGUCCCUGAAGGCAGCGUGUGCUUGUGGCAAAGUCGACCUCAGGAUUACUCGUCCCAGUCAAGCAGGACACAACAUCCCGAAGCGGAACUACCCGGACCUGAUGCUACCAGAUAAAUCGACGCCCAUUUCACUCAAGUCGAAUCCAUCCGAGGAGAAAUGGUGGAUCCAGGGUUCUGGAACCAAGUAUCUUGCCGGAACAUGUGCCUGUCGAUCGUGUCGCUUGAUCUCUGGCUUCGAGGUGCAGACGUGGGCUUUCAUCCCACGUGCCAACCUUGCCUUGGCCACUACCGCGCUCAAUGAUGAAGCGCAACUUGAGCCGCUUGACUUUGCCAACAUGCCGAGUGGGGCCUUACAAAGCUACAAGUCGUCGCCCGGCGUGGUUCGCGAGUUUUGUGGAGGAUGCGGCGCAACUGUUUUUUGGCACGAGGAUAACGGCGCAGAUGUCAUCGAUGUUAGUGUAGGCCUGCUGCGAUCGCCCGACGGAGCGCGGGCGGAAAGCUGGCUCAGUUGGUGGAAGGACCGCGUAAGCUUUUCUGAAGAGGUUACAAAUGACAGGACAGGAUUUGCAGGGGAAAUCGCACAGAGCCUCGUGGCUAGGUUGGAAAAGAAUAUGAAAUUGUGCGGAUAA